AUGUCAACACCACCCUUACUCCGCGUCCAGAUCAACGGCAUCCUCCUCUCAACCCUCCUCUUCGAAUGCGCAAACGCCCGCGUUGACUAUGAGGGUCUCAUCCUGGGAGCAAUCGUCUCCAGGACCCGGUCAGUCGCCGACGACGUCUCUGACGACCGCAAGAAGACCACAUACACCACCGUCGUUGUACAGGGUGUGUACAAGCUGGAGCCGAAUCUGAACAGGUUUUAUGGGCGAUCGGGAGAGAUUCUGGAGCAUGUCCUUGAAGAGUACAGCAUCCCUUCAAACCUCAUGGUCCUGGGAUACUUGAAGUACAGGAGGACAGAAUCGCAUCAACUCUCGUUGCGGGACAAGGCAGUGGCACUCAAUCUCAAGAUAUAUCUGGAAAAGAAGCGCGCGCUCUCUUCUUCACCCUCGAACCCCUUUGCGCCGCCUCGGGAUGAACCCUUCCCAGUCACCAUGGCUCUCUUCACCGCGAAAACCAACGAGAACAUGUCGACCCAUGAUUAUGAUUACACUUUCUGGAACGUCGGCGAUGAUGAAAGCUCGUUCGACCCUAUCUCGGUCGAGACCUCGAAUAUGAUCGAGAGUCCUCAGGAAGACUACCAGUCCUUCCAGUCAAAUCUUGCAACGGGCGCCUCAAGACACGCAGCGAGUGUGGGAAUGAUGAAUACAGUCAGGACAGUGCCAACAACGAUGCUCGUUGAUGCGCAUGAGGCCAUGUACAAGGAUUCCUUUGAGGCUACCAAGUCAUUGACAAAGAACGUACUGGAAUCAGAGCAGAAGGUCCGGGAGAUUCUCAAGGAAGUCGAGCAGCUGCGAGCGCAGAUCGAGUUCGGAAAGGCCAAAUCCAUGGUUGAUCGUCAAAACAACCCUUCCUCUCAGCAUUCAGCAUCGGACCAACAGCAGCAGCAGCAGCAGCAAUACCCCAGCGCCAGCAGCAACAGCAGCAGCGCAACUGUUACAAGUGCACCAUCCUCACAGCAACAACAGCAACAACACCUGCUGCAUAGGGCUCAGUCUCCACCGUUCGUGUAUCAGCCUUCGGCGCCAUUGUUGGACAUGGCCACGCCCUCUGCUCCACCGGCUGACUCGUCGCCCAGUCCACCCCCGCCCAGGAUCCAAUACACGUCCAUCUUCCCGCCACCUUCUCGUCCUCCCAACUCACCCCCAGAUCUUCUCUACUAG